AUGGCUACCCCACGGUCUGCAGCAACUGCCGAGUCUCUUGCAAUCUUAUCAGAUGCAGUCAACCAGACGCUUAUUGACACUGGACGCUUCUUCAAAAGUGCUGGGUCUUUGCAAAGCCGCGCACAGCUCAAGGCCUCCAUUCCUGCAUCGUACCAGCGAUUUCAAACUGCCUUGGACACACUGACUGAACAGAUCUUUAUUGCAAAAGCGUUUCUGGAAAAGGACUACGAAAGCGUAACUGCGAAGAGACUUGCACCAGAGCCACAACCCAUACCAGAACCAGCACCUGUCCCGGAACCUGUCACUGCUCCUGAACCUCCACCAACCGAAGAUGUUUUCAUGCCGGAAGCACCUGUUCCGACUGUAGGUGAACAGGUUAAAGAGACUAUUGAGAAACCAGAGCCAACGGAAAAGCCGAUCAAGACAGAGCCAACGACAAUGCCGGACUCCGGCAUCUUCGGCGAACAGCCGAUAGCCAGCACUGAACCUGUUACUACCACUGCCGCGACAGAACCAAUCGAAGCUUUGAAAGUGGAAGAAACAGCCGACAAAGGCACUCAACAACUGCCAGUUAGUAUGGGCGACGAAAUGAAUUUCGACCAAAUGCUUGCUACAACUGGCCAGGCUCCGAAUGAUUUUGAUUUGAACUUCAACUUCACUAACGACGAGAUUGGAGAUCAGAACUUCCUUGCAGGUGCAGAUUUUGGCAAUACGAAUGCUACAAUGGGCGGAGAAAUCAACAAUGAUAAUGGUGCGAAUACUAUAAGCUCUCUGCUUCCAGGAAUUGAGCACUACGCUUCCAAUAAUGCCGGCGAUAGCUUCAACUUUGACCUACCGAAGUUAGGUGAUCAGCAGAACGGUGGUCAGGAUGAUUUGAUGGCACCGGGUGAAUCUAGCUUUGAUGACCUGUUCUUGGAGAAGAAUGACCUAGAAGGCGACGACAAUUUACUUGGAAGUGGAGAAUUUAUGGAAUUGGGGGAGCUGGAUGAUUCUUGGCUCAACUAG